AUGAAAGGUGUGUUCAGGAAUUUCCUGCUCAAUCAGCCGGUACUUUUUGGCACAUGGGACGGUGUGUUCACGACGGUUAUGGUGAACAUCUUCGGCAUUAUCGUCUUCUUGCGAAUGGGUUGGAUUGUGGGCACAGCUGGUGUGGCGAAUGCGAUUCUGCUGCUUAUAUUCUGUACAGCUUUGGCAUUGAUUACCGUUUUCUCAGCUAUCGGGAUCGUUGAACGCUGUCAAAUUCAGGAGCUCUGGGAGGAGUCGAACCCCAAAUAG